AGGGUCCUUUCUCUGCCUCUGUCGCAACCGGUUGAUCUGGAAGGUUCUGGUGGGAUCAGGGGACUCGGCCGAAUCUUAACCCAUCUUGCACUAUAUCAAUCUUUAGUGCAUUUAGGGUGGAAUUAUUCCAUAAAGCCAUCUUCCAGGAACAUAAUUACCCGAAUAUAACUGAAGAUGCCCGAAAUAAUGGCGGCACCAAAGGCUCAAGUAAGAGGCCGAAACAAAGGAGGUGCAUAUGUGGACCGUGACAAGCCGACACAGAUUCGGUUCAGUAAUAUUAAUGCAGCAAAAGCUGUCGCCGAUGCCAUCAGAACGAGUUUGGGGCCUAAAGGCAUGGACAAAAUGAUCCAGGAUGGCAAAGGAGAUGUUACAAUUACCAAUGAUGGCGCUACCAUUUUGAAACAGAUGCAAGUGAUCCACCCAGCAGCAAAAAUGUUAGUCGAGCUCUCCAAAGCCCAGGACAUUGAGGCUGGGGACGGCACCACAUCUGUGGUGGUCAUUGCCGGAGCACUUCUGGAGGCCUGUGCCAAAUUGUUACAGAGAGGUAUCCACCCCACCACCAUCUCCGAGUCCUUCCAGAAGGCGGUGGACAAGGGCGUGGAGGUGCUGACCAGCAUCAGCACGCCGGUGCAGCUGAGCGACCGCGAGACGCUGCUCAACAGCGCCACCACCUCACUCUGCUCCAAGGUGGUGUCACAGUACUCCAGCCUGCUGGCGCCCAUGUGCGUCAACGCAGUCAUGCGCGUCAUCGACCCCGCCACCGCCACCUACGUCGACCUGCACGACAUCAACGUCGUCAAGAAGCUUGGAGGGACCAUCGAUGACUGUGAGCUGGUGGACGGACUGGUGCUCACCCAGAGGGUAGUGAACUCCGGCCUGUCCCGCGUGGAGAAGGCCAAGAUCGGCCUCAUCCAGUUCUGCCUGUCCCCACCCAAGACAGAUAUGGACAACCAGAUCGUCGUCUCCGACUACGCACAGAUGGACCGCGUCCUUCGUGAGGAGCGCGCCUACAUCCUCAACCUGGUCAAACAGAUCAAGAAGGCCGGCUGCACCGUCCUGCUUAUCCAGAAGUCCAUUCUCAGGGAUGCGCUGAGUGAUCUUGCCCUGCACUUCCUCAACAAGAUGAAGAUCAUGGUCAUCAAGGAUAUCGAGAGAGACGAGAUCGAGUUCAUCUGCAAGACCAUUGGCACCAAGCCCAUUGCCCACAUCGACCAGUUCACCCCUGAGAUGCUGGGCACGGCGGAGCUGGCGGAGGAGGUCAAUUUGGAUGGCUCUGGCAAGCUGGUGAAGAUCACUGGCUGUGCAAACCCAGGCAAGACUGUGAGCAUCGUGGUGCGCGGGUCCAACAAGCUGGUGAUCGAGGAGGCCGAGCGAUCGAUCCACGACGCUCUGUGUGUGAUCCGCUGCUUAGUGAAGAAGAGGGCCCUGAUAGCAGGCGGCGGAGCCCCUGAGAUUGAAAUGGCGCUGCGCCUGGCGGAGUACUCCCGCUCCCUGGGUGGCAUGGAGGCCUACUGCGUGCGCGCUUACGCCGACGCCCUGGAGGUCAUCCCGUCCACGCUGGCCGAGAACGCCGGCCUCAACCCCAUCUCCACGGUGACGGAGCUGCGCAACAGACACGCCCAGGGGGAGAAAACAGCCGGGAUCAACGUCCGCAAGGGUGGCAUCUCUAACAUUCUGGAGGAGCUGGUUGUGCAGCCUCUGCUGGUCUCCAUCAGCGCCCUCACCCUCGCCACGGAAACGGUUCGCAGCAUCCUCAAGAUCGACGACGUGGUAAACACCCGAUAAGGAGUGACAGUGGAAAACCUGUGUCAACACUCCCGUCUUGGACUGUGCUUGCAGGAAAACCUUUACAUGUUUAACGCCGUGUUUAGUUUGUCACCAUGCGUAAUAUAAUAAACACAUUUUUUUUGUGGACUCCA